AUGUGCAUUCGGAGCAUCUUCAUUCUUGUUGCAUUUCUUAUAGUAAUCGCGACAAUCAAUGGCCGGUCUGUGCCGGGUGAUUCUUUUCUGCUAGUUUCAGAUGGCAUUGAUUGCGGCCAUGAUCAGCAUAAUGGGCCUCCUCCUGAUUUGAUUCUUCUCAAAGGAGCAGCGGGUGUUCUGGACGAUGAGGAUGAAGUUUGUGAGCAGAUGUAUGGGUUCUUGCCAUGCUCGUACAGCAUAGCAGGUCACCUGUUCUUGAUACUGGUUUACGAGUAUCUGCUGUUUCAGGGGGAGUCCUUCGUUGCUUCCGGGAGCGAGCAGAUAUUUAAGAUGCUCGGUCCUGGAAUAUUUGGGGCCAGUGCUUUCCAUGUCCUUGGUGCUCUACCGGAGGCCUUAAUACUUCUAGCAUCGGGACUUCUGAACAGCGAAGAGGUGGCACAGGAAUAUGUCGUGACCGGUGUUGGGUUGCUGGCCGGAUCCUCGAUCCUGCUUCUGACAUUGUUAUGGGGAACUUGCGUCCUCCUUGGUAGCAGAAAAUUAUCUGAUGGAAUGGAACCCAACACUUCAGAUUCAAGCAAAUUUUCAUGGAAGAAGUUCUUAUCCUCAAUGAAAGGUAACAUUUCCAGAUUUUCAUCAAGCAUUAACGUCAUCAUGUCAACUUUGUGA